AUACAUGUAGUAUGACAAUUACGUGAAUUUAGGAAUUUUUUAGAAAUGUGGGUUUGUAAAUUAAAUUUAAUAUUCUUUUCGUAGAUACCUGUCCAAAUUGUUUUGGAUAGAUAGAUGUUUUAGAAUUACGGUUUUUCAGUCAAAUAUAUAAACGGAGGUUAAGUGCUGUCACUUCGAUAUGCACCGUCUGAGUGAGGGUCUCUUUAAAUUUGCCGUGAAGAGUUCCCUUAAUGGCGUACGUUACUUUUCUCGAGAACCGCAGAGGAGACCUUCAUUCAUAUCUCGACUGUACGACAAUUUCAGGGAGGAAUUGGCCAAAAAUAAAGAAAUGAAAGAAUCGUUAAAAAAAUUUAAGCAGGAAGCUGAAAAGCUUGAGCAGAGUGAUGCCCUAAAAGCAGCCAGACAAAAAUUUGAAAGUGUUGAAAAGGAAGCUUCUAAAGGCAGUGAAGUAUUCAAAGAACAUUUGAGUAGCAUAAAAGAAAAGGUGCAAGGUGUAAUUGAUGAAGCCGGAAAAACAGAACUUGCAAAAAAAGCUGGAAAAAUAUCAGAAGAAAUCAGUAAGACCACCCACAAUUUGGGAGAAAGGGCACAAGAAAUCGGCAAAAGUGGUGCAUUUCAAAGCAUAUCGCAAGCCACAAAAGCUGUGAAACAAGAAAUUGAAACUACCAGUAUGCAAGGUAGAGUGUAUACAAGUCCAUUAAAACUUCGAAAAAGAACCGAAACUUCUGCAGUACAGCAUCAAAAAUAUUAUGAACCCAAUACUGAAGCUGUUGGUAUAGAACUUCAUAAAGAUUCUAAAUUUUAUCAGUCUUGGCAGAAUUUUAGAGAAAACAACCCCUAUGUGCAUAAAAUUAUUGACUUAAAAUUAAAAUUUGAUGAGAGUGAAAAUCCUGUUAUCAGAGCUUCCAGAGUUCUGACAGAAAAAGUAUCAGAUAUAGUUGGCGGACUUUUUCAAAAAACAGAGCUUUCUGAAACUCUCACAGAGAUAUGCAAAAUUGAUAACACAUUUGAUACAAAGAGAUUUUUAAAACAAUGUGAAACAGAUAUUAUACCAAAUAUUUUAGAAGCAAUGACUCGUGGAGAUCUGGAAGUGCUUAAAGAUUGGUGUCAUGAAGGUCCAUAUAAUCUAUUUGCUAUUCCAAUAAAGGAGGCAUUUAAAAAAGGUUACAAAAUUGAGUCAAAAAUAUUAGAUAUUGACAAUGUUGAUUUAGUUAUGGGAAGGGUUAUGGAUCAGGGACCAGUUUUAAUAAUAUCUUUUACUUCUCAACAAAUGAUGUGUGUAAAAGAUUCAAAUGGGAAUGUGGUCGAAGGUGAUUGUGAGAAAGUCAUGAGGGUAAACUAUGUAUGGGUUUUGUGCAGGGAUGUAACAGAAACAGACCCCAGGGCUGCCUGGCGGCUAUUGGAUCUAUCGGCGAGCAGUAAUGAACAGCUUGUUUGAAGUUUACUUCUACCAACUGUAAAAAUAAUUCACCGCCUCAGUUUGUCUACUUGUUGUUCGUUAAUAAGGCAAAUUGAGAUAUGUACAAAGCAGAAGAGAUUGUUGAAGCUGCCUUUGGUGGUCAGCUGGAGUUAAGAAUCUGGUUGUGCUCAUGUCAGAUUCAGAUGUGGCUGUUAACAAAUCUUACUGUCCUAUUGUAAAUUUUUUAAUAUAAUU